AUGCACAUCAACUACACUCGUGUUUCAUGUCGUAUUGACCCGACUAUAGCAUUUGGAACCAAGUUGGGACCGUCGCAAACCACAGCGAUAGGUGAUGGGUGCCAGCAAGGAUAUCACCACGCUCCUAGCCACUACGCUCCACCGAAGCGCCUCAAAGGAAGCCGCGUGCGCAAUUGCGUACAUGCUUCAUGUCGUUUUGACCCUACUGUAAAUUACGGGCUAGGAUUUGAGGGUCUUAUUUGCAUGGAUGAAGAGAGUGAAUAUUGCCAUCCCAUCAAUCCUUAUGGGCAACAACAUCCUGAAUUUACCGAUAUAACGACACCCCAAGAUCUAGGAGAGCAAAUUAUCCAAUUUGAUAUUGUUAGCUAUAUAGAAAUUGGCAUAUGA